AUGGCGCGAGUUUAUGCAGAUGUCAAUGCAAACAUGCCCAGGACAUACUGGGAUUAUGACUCUGUUGCCAUAUCGUGGGGUGUGUUGGAAAACUAUGAAAUUGUGAGGAAGAUUGGAAGAGGCAAAUACUCUGAAGUAUUUGAGGGCAUUAACGUCGCCAACUAUCAGAAAUGUGUCAUCAAGGUCCUCAAACCCGUCAAGAAGAAGAAGAUCAAGCGCGAAAUCAAGAUCCUACAGAAUCUGUCUGGUGGUCCCAACAUUGUCGCAUUGCUUGACGUAGUGCGCGACAGUCAGAGCAAAACUCCCAGCUUGAUCUUCGAGAACGUCGAUAAUACAGACUUUCGCACGCUCUACCCGCGAUUUGUGGAUUAUGAUGUGAGGUUUUACAUAAAUGAACUGCUAAAAGCCCUGGACUUCUGUCACAGUAAAGGCAUCAUGCAUCGGGAUGUCAAGCCACACAAUGUCAUGAUCGAUCAUGCCAAACGAAAGCUGCGACUCAUCGAUUGGGGUUUAGCCGAGUUCUAUCACCAAGGCACCGAGUACAAUGUGCGGGUAGCAUCACGGUAUUUCAAAGGCCCGGAACUCCUGGUGGAUUUCCAGGAAUAUGAUUACUCAUUGGACAUGUGGUCCCUUGGUGCCAUGUUUGCAUCCAUGAUCUUCCGCAAAGAGCCCUUCUUCCAUGGAAACAGCAAUUCAGAUCAACUGGUCAAGAUUGCAAAGGUUCUUGGAACGGACGAGCUCUUUGAGUAUCUCGACCGAUAUGACAUUGAACUCGACGCUCAAUAUGAUGAUAUUUUGAGCAGAUUCCCCAAGAAGCCCUGGCAAAGCUUUGUCAAUGCUGACAAUCAACGCUUCGUGACUCCCGAAGCCAUUGAUUUCCUGGACAAGCUUCUCCGAUAUGACCAUCAGGAACGUCUUACAGCCCAAGAAGCCAUGGCACACGCGUACUUUGCACCGGUGAGAACAGCAGCACAACAGCAAGCCACGAACACAAACCAUGUUUCUUGA